AUGGCUACCUUGAGCUGGGAUGCAGAAGGUGCAGAGCUGCGAGCCCGCACCAUCCCGUCCUUAACUGCACCGCUGAUGGUCCGCUGCACCCCUCCACCGUCGCCGGCACAGCACAGGCAAGUACUCCGUACCUACCUCGAGGAAGGCAGGUACUUCGUCAUCGCACCCGACCCUGCCUUCCUUGCAUUGGGUUGGGUCACUUGGCCAUUCACAUUGGGCGCCGGGCCUCUGUUCACUGAGACUGAGGUACUUCCCAGAUUCUCUCCGCCCAAUGAGUUGUCUCCAACUUCCCCCUCUUCCCCUCCACUCUGGCACAUUACCUCACUCUAUAGCCGUACUCCGCACCUAAGGUACCUACUGAGUGUACACUACCAUAGACUCCCCCUCCCAAUUCCAGACCUCUAUCCUUUGAACCCCGCCGAAAACUCUCCCAUGUCCCAUCUGAUACCUAAGUAUGAAGCAGCACAUGGCGGGCAUGAAAAGAAUGGCAUCAUCUACCUUACCUUGGCUCACCUUGCCUUACUGUAUGCCUUGGGCACCGUAGGUCAUGCGCCCGGCAUGCACGGCCCAUACCCAGUAGCCGGCUCCAUCAAAAGUUGUUCCAAGGCUGAUGCCCUGAGAACUCAGCACAGCGAUAAUCCCCUCACUGCUCCUAGCCCAACCCGACGGGUCGACCAGCUUGUCAACUGGGAUAGCGCUGUCCGGAGCAAAUGCCCCGACCUAGAGCCAUUUGUGACCCCAUCUUGCACUGCACUGCAAUUUGAGCGGUCAAAGACUUGUCCCGACCACUCAGUGGGGCUGACUUGGAGUUGGACAGUACCUAACUAG